AUGGAGACGGAGACCUGGAAAUCACAAACGCCUACCACUUCUAUAGAACAGCAGACUUCAAACACCAAAGCAGGGAAGAAGAGGAUACCCUCUGAGUAUAGGCCUGGAGGCAGUGUGAAGAAGGCCAACAGAAUCAUGCAAGUGAAAAGAUGCCAUCAAGGGAAUGUGAGCAGAAGACGCUUUCUGAAAACUCUCAUUCCUUCAAUUAAAUCCAAGAAAGCUAGAGGGCCAGCACUAACCAACUGCCAUCCCAGGAUGAAUGAGACACGGACUGAAAACCAAACUGAACCAAAGGAAAAUAACAGACUGUGA